AUUGACACUGUUAGGACGCCAUUGUUGUUUUAAUAAAUUCCAGAAACUUUAUUAAAUAUUAAAGGUUCUUACAGUUUUUCUCUUAAUUAAUCCGUCGUAAUUAGUAGACAGUGAAACUGAUAAUGGUAGCAUAAUGAGAGAAAUGGGAAACGACAAAACUAGGUGGCAUGUGAAUUACAGCUUCUGCUAAAAAUCUCUCUUAUAGUGGAGCCCUUUAAAUUACCAAUUAAAAACAAUUAUUUUGAAGAAAAACACAAGAUAUUUAUUUAAGAUCAUGAAUACCUAGAUAUUAAGUGUGUUAAGUUCUUAUUACUUAGCUGUACAAAUUAUUGUAAUAUUUAUAAACAUGAGUAACCUACUUGAUCAUGAAGAUGAGCGAAGCUGGUAUUUUGGGGCCAUUGGGCGCAAAGAAGCCCAAGAUGUUUUAAUGGCAGAAAAGGAAGGUGGGGUUUUUUUAGUUCGAGACAGUGCCUCUUCUGUUGGUGAUUAUGUUUUAUGUGUCAAAGAGGAUAGUAAAGUUAGCCACUAUAUAAUUAACAAAACAAAGCAAAAUGAUUUGACAAUGUUUCGUAUUGGUGACCAGUAUUUCAAAAAUCUACCAGAGCUUAUAUCAUUUUACAAAUUGCAUUAUUUAGAUACCACACCUCUUAUUAGGCCGGCUAGCAAAAAAUUAGAAAAAGUUAUAGCCAAAUUUGAUUUUGAUAGUCAGGAGAGAGACGACUUAAGUUUCAAAAAAGGUGAUAUUUUAACAGUAACAUUUAAGGAGGAAGAACAAUGGUGGCGGGCUAAAGAUAAAUUUGGGAAUGAGGGUUCAAUACCUGUUCCUUAUGUACAAAAGUAUGAAGAGAGUCAGUCGCCUGUAGAAACACCAAGACAACUGGAUGGGCCUAUUAGCAGUACUCCUGAAUCAAAACCCAAGCCAAAACAACGAAAGCUGCCUGCUUAUGCCAGAGUCAAACAAGCAAGGAUUCCGAACGCCUAUGACGAUACUGCUUUAAAACUAGAGAAAGGGGACACCAUCAAGGUUCUUAAGAUGAACAUGAAUGGUCAAUGGGAAGGAGAACUACAUGGAAAAAUCGGAUUUUUUCCAUUUACCCAUGUAGAAUUUUUAGAUGAUGAAAACGAAAGUUAGUAAUUGAUUGUUUCCUUCAAAGUUCUACUUCCAAGUUUUUUCGCUAUUGUUGUAUACAUGUUCGAAUUGGCUUAAGAAUCAACUUGGAAUAUCCAGGGGGUACGUUUCUAUAGGUAUCCACCAUUAAUUUUCUUAAUUUUAACAUUAUCUUUUUUUAUCUCAGAUUUUAAUGUGUAAAAAAAGAAAGAAAUCUAGUCUUAGAGUAUUUUAAAUAUAUUCAAGCCCACUUAUUAAAUAUUUUUGAUUUAUUAAUUAUUUUCUUUAUAUUGCUAUCUACGAAUGAGUAAUAUUGGCUAUGAGUAAAUUAGGCCUACCUGACAAACUAUUUCUUAUUUUAAUUGUAAUUUUUAUCAGAAUAUUUCUCAUGUCUCCAUUUAUUAUAUUAAAUUUUACUUUUUAAGCAACACAUUUGUUUAAUAGAAAUUUAACAAUGAUCUGUAAUUAUUUAGUACAGACGUUUUACAUAAUUUUAUUUAAUAUUAAUAUAGGUUUUAUUUAUGUUAACACCCUAUAUAUGGAUUACUCUUGUAUCAGUAGAAACGUGCUCGCUGCUAUGGGGAUGGGAGUAUGCGAGUCUCUUUUUUUACGUUUUGUCCAAAAAUAGAGAUGAAAUAUGUAAAAAACGUAAAAAAAUAGUUUUUUUACUUGUUCAUCCCUGUUGCUAAGUACUUUAGCUAUUUUAAUUCCAGUGGCGUACUUAUAGGGGAGUAAACUGUCUGAAUAAUCCCGAAAAGUUUGUUCGGAUACAAGAAAAUUGUAAAUAAUUGCUAUGUGUAAAUGAAAUGUAGGAAAAACUCCCCAAUUUUAUAAAUUUUGUGGCUACCCACUGUGUCAUAUUUAUAUAUAGAGAGAAAACAAUGGCUGCGCUGUAAUAUCAACUUGUCUUUUCAUUGUAUUAAGUACAUAUCAUAAGACACAAUUUUAUUUACUGUAUUUUCCUGCAAUUAUAAAUAUA